GUGAACUUCGAGUAAACAACUUCUCCGAUAGCCCAGCACCAGCAACAUGGCAGCCAACUGCAUCUUCUGCAAGAUCAUCAAGGGUGACAUCCCGUCGAUGAAGCUCUUUGAGAGCGAGAAGACGUUGGCCUUUCUCGAUAUCAACCCCUUAGCAUACGGUCACGCACUCAUCCUCCCCAAACACCACGGCGAGAAACUCACCGACAUUCCCGACGAAGACCUCACCGAGCUCCUCCCCGUCGCCAAAAAGAUCGCUUCCGCCUUGAAAACGACCCAAAACGUGGAGAAUUACAACAUUUUGCAAAACAACGGCGCGCUCGCACAUCAGCAGGUCGGACACGUGCACUUUCAUAUUAUUCCAAAGCCCGACGACGCUCAGGGGUUGAAGAUUGGUUGGCCGCAGCAGAAUGCUGAUAUGGAGAAGUUGAAGAAGUUGUUGGAGGAGGUGAAGAGUAAGAUGUAGACUACCUACUAGGUGGGGAAGGUCGAAACAGAGUGAUGAGGGAAUGAAGAAUGGGGGCCAUGGGGUGCCUUUUAUGUGAUCAUGAUGGGAUGAAAUGAAGUAUACGAGGUAGUCUACCUAUGGACUCUGGUGUGGAAUACUGGAGAGCUACAGCCUUCGAUAUGAGUGAAGCUGCCUGCAUGCCUCUUUGCUAUAUGCUAUGUUCUGGCUCUCUAUACUGAUCAUGUGCGUCAGGCUAUUGAUAAAAGUCUUUUGACGUUCUCUGAGGCGCAGCCAUUUGCUCGUUCUAUUCUGCAUUGCGUAGAGCAAGUCUAUACGCAUCAAGUGCCAGCCUUGACAGCAACAACAACGAUUCCAGAAUAGGUACUACUGGAAAGAAAGUCACAGCAAUCCCUUAGGACGAAGAACCGGCCUGACCUGGAAUUAACACGUUGCUGUCCUUUGGCUUCUCCCAAGAAGCAGCAAUCGGAAAGAAUGAAAGCGAAAAAAAAUGAAAGUGCAGAGUACCAGAGGAAAUACGAAGAAACCACUUGGUGCAUUCAAGCACGAACAGGAAGAGUUUCCAGAGACC